CCUCAAGAGAUGAGUGAAAAUGCUUCAUGCUCCAAUCUACAUGGGGGCCUUGGCCUCUCGCCAAUGUCCACACCACUCUCUCUCUCUCUCUCCUAGUCAUGCAAAGAAACGGAAGGGGUAUUGUCAAGAAGCAAGAACCCAACUAUGAUUUUCUUUGUAACCAAUGAAAGAAACGUGGCUUAAGUUUGAUGCUUUCACAGGGCCUCUAGAAAUGUCCCUCGCAGCCGUCUUGACCUUAUUAUUGUCCAGGACGGGUUGUCGAGAUAUCCAAAUUUAGGCUGUGGAGGAGCUUUGAUGCGCUAAAUCGUCGUUCUGAUUCAUGCCUCAUGCCUAAGAGGACAAAGGCCAUGGAGGCAAGAAAAUCUGUUCAGAACCUUGCUGAAACAAUUCAUUCCCUACUAGGACUAAAAGCCCAUUUCACCUCCAGCUGGGUCAAAUCGGUUUGUGAUAUAAUAAGACACUUGCCAUCCGAAGGACCAUCCAAUGACUUGAAAGCAGAAAAUUCUAAAACAAGUGUUUCUUUUGGCAACAAAGAAGAUGAUUUGGCCAGUGCAAUCUCAAAAAUCAAUGAUGAACUUGCUGCCUUAACUGCAAACAUAAAUCAAUUAAAUAUUCAGAGAAGGCAGGUCCUCAAUGAUUUUUUGGACUUGAAAGGGAACAUUCGUGUAUUUUGUCGCAUAAGACCCGUCGCGUUGGGGGAGAAUUUUGGCAGUUUUAAACCUAUUGUAGCUGUAGAUUCAAGUUAUGUUCUUCUAAGCCUUUCAGAUAAUAAGAGUAGAUGUUACAGUUUUGACAAGGUUUUCCUACCAGGUUCAUCACAAGAUGAAGUCUUUUCAGAAGUUAAACCAGUCAUUAAAUCAGCACUGGAUGGCUACAAUGCAUGCAUAUUUGCUUAUGGGCAAACAGGCACUGGGAAGACUUUCACAAUGGAAGGCAGUCCAGAUUUGCCAGGGGUGGUGCCACGAGCAAUUGAGGCACUUUUUAGAGAAGCGGUGGAUUGUAACCAUGCAUUUCUCUUCACUUUCAGUAUGCUUGAGAUUUACAUGGGAAAUCUAAAAGACUUGCUUAUCACUCAGCCAAGAAAAGCAAUGGAUCCCAUGCCACCACGCCUUUCAAUCAAAACAGAUCCAAAGGGUGGCAUUGAAAUAGACAAUCUUGUGGCCUUCCAAGUGAGUGACUUCAACCAAGCAUUGAGGCUGUAUAGACUAGGAUGCCAGUCCCGAUCAACUGCUUCAACAAAUUGUAACACGAGUUCCAGCAGAUCACACAGCUUGAUUCGCCUAUCAAUCACUUCUUUCGAUGCUCCUGAGAGGCAAAGGGAGACGAACAAAGUUUGGUUUAUUGACCUUGGUGGAAGUGAGCGUGUACUGAAGACGAAGGCAUGGGGUAGAAGACUUGAAGAAGGAAAAGCCAUCAACUUAUCACUUUCUGCUCUUGGGGAUGUCAUCAAUGCCCUUCAAAGAAAAAAGUUCCAUGUACCUUAUAGGAAUAGCAAGCUGACACAAGUUCUUAAGGAUUCCCUCGGAGGGAGUUCAAAAACACUGAUGCUUGUCCAUGUUAGUCCCAAAGAAGAAGAUCUGUGCGAGACAAUAUGUUCUUUAAAUUUCGCUACAAGGGCUAGAAGCAUUCAUCUGGGGACUGAGGAUUCAGAAAAGAGGGACCAGAGGGCAGUUACAAUGAUGAAUCUGCAGCAAAAGAUAAAAAUCAUUGAGGAAGAGCGUCGAAAUAUCAAGAGAAACAUUGAGAAGUUAAAUGAGAAAUUAGACACACUAGCAAAGAGAGGAACAAUUUCCAGUCAGGAGCUAAAUGCUCCCCAUUUAACUUCUGGACUGCCCCAACCUAAUCUUGAAAUUUUAAAGAACAAGACUAGUGAUGUACCCAUAGGUCAAAUGUCUCUGUUGCCGAGGUUUAUGAGGCCAACUAUUUGCAGCCGAAGAAAAUUUGGAAUAGAUAAACAGAAUUCAGAAGAUAAACAAGAAUUUCAUGCAAGAAGAAGGUCAUUAUCUCAUCGCGCCGAGUCGGUGACUUUCCCUGUAAAGUGUAAGUCAGACCACAGCUCAGAGUUCGAUACAUGGAGAAGUAGCUGUUUAUUGGCUUUUAACAUGAAAGGUAGUGCUGAUAUCGAAACAGAGUAUAGUCAAGACACAUCUGAAUGUGAUAUUGAAGGGUUCUUCCCAGAACAGGAAACAUCACGAGGGACUUCUAUUAAUCAAAACGCUCACAUUAGUCACAGUAAACAAUAUGGAAAUAGACUGGAAAGUAAAUAUAGCUCCACAAGGUUUCUGGAUGUUGAAAAUUGGCUUCAUUUACAUAAAAAGGAACCUUUCAUCAUUACUAAUUCUAGUGGAGGUAAAAGGGUUCUACCUACUCCCAGUCCAGAGAAGAAAUGUAGGUCUUAUGGGCAGAAGAAAGAAAGUAAGUUAAAGGAUGAGACAAAGGAUACUUGUAGCUUUAAAAUAAAUAAGAUCGUUUACCAUAAACUGUUGAAUAAACAAGUUGAUGUUGAGGGAUUUAGAAGGUCUGUUUUAGAAGAGGUGAUUAACAAACCUCAACCACUUUUUGAGGAUUGUCUCAGUAAGGAUUCAAGAUCAGGUUCGGGUUGUCUAUUGCAUAAACCUGACGGUGACUUGACUAUACAAACACAAGAUUUGGUGCAUGGUCCAUCAAUAAAAGAUAAUGAGUGUGACACUUCUUUCAUGCUACGUGAUUUAGAUUUUAGUAUUGGUAACCCAAAAGAAGAGCCUGGCAUCUCAUUCUCCCCCCUGGAACUAGAACCACACUGUCAACAAGUGCCUACAGGAACAGAUGUGGAAGAUGGUAUGGGGGAAGACUUGGAUACCUCAUCUCAAAGCUGGAUGACAGGAAGAGAACGUGGCCCACAAAAACUGAAAUCACAUAUGGCCCUAUUUAUGGUUAAUCCACAUUCAGAGGAAUUAACCGGGACGUAUGUGAGAUCACAAGAAUAUGCACAGAACAGAGGAAUUUGUCACCUUCUCAAACAGAAAAUUCAGAUUGUUUAUGCCAGUGCACUUCUAGGAUUGGGAUUUCAGAAGUUGGGAUUUGAACAUGACUUCUUCUAUGGUCUAAUGCUUUAAAGGGUGUAGUGACUCCGUUGGCAAUUUUAAUGCGUUGAAGCAACAGCACUUGUGAGAGGAAGAAUUUAAUUAGACCAAGUUGGAAUUCCAUUCAUUUAAUGCUGGAGGUCUGGUUGGAACUCUUGUUAGACCAGCAAUGUGAUCCUUGUAUCACAUAUACUAUGAAGGAACUUCAUUCUAAUAAAUAAAUGCAUCACUCAUGCACAUAUGCAGGACCAUGCGAUGUACAAAGAUAUUUUCAUGUGCCGUAUUUAAAUAUGCCAAUCUCUAUAGCUGAAACUCUCCAACCGAAGGAACGGCAGAGUGCCAAAUGUUUUGGAUGUGAUACAGUAAAAGAUGCGUUGACCAUGUAAAUAUGUAUCUCUGUCGAUGUUCUCAGCAGAUAGACUUAUAAAAACAUUAGAGAAGUGAUAUUCAUAAGCCUGUUUAAUCAUUAUAUUUUAUCAUUCUUUGA